CGUGUUUGUCAAAAAAAUGGAAACUACAAACCCAAGUCGACAAAUGUAAUAAACAUUUAGUGGAAAAAGAGAAAACGAGAAGAUUUAAAAGAAUUUCGAGAAUUUAAUUGAAUUACUUAAAACGUCAAAUAAAUAGUAAGUCGCGGGGAACACCGUGGUUAGAUUUUUAACAGUAAACUCUUUUGGAAGUAGGAUUCGUCGAGGGGCAGCCGAGUCAUUUUGACGUCGACAUAUCUGUGCAAUCGGGCGCUUUUCUUUGUUUAUACUCUUGGAAUUGUGAAAUUGCAACUUGUGCUCUAUUUUACAUAUCGACAAAGUCUUUGAAAUUGAACGAUCAAAUAAAAGUUCAGUAAAUUUUAUCAGUUUGCUAUGUCUGGUGGAGCUUUAAUUACAUUAAAAGAAGAUGCAAACGACGCUGGUGGUAAUGCCAAUGGUGGGGGUGGCAGUUCCAACAUAGCAAGCAAUCAACCAACCUCCGGAUCCGGAAAUGCAAGUGCCGCUCCGAAUCAUAAUGCAAAUGGUAGUAAUGGCGGUCCCCCUGAAGGUACACGGCAAAACAGUUUGCAACGUAUCCAGCUUCGCAAACAAAAGGUUUUCAACUUGCCUGUUCCACAGAAAUUGGCGAAAUUAUCCAUGUACUCCGCGUGCCAGAGCGAAGGCUGCCGUUGCACUGGAUGGAAAACUCCUCAGGAAAAUCGUCACCGUGAUGUAGAAUCUUCAUCAUAUUGUCCCGAAUUCACCGAGGAAUGUCGCAGCUGUAGACAUACAUUACAAAACCAUAUUGCUCACCUUGAUGGAAUAUCUGGAUCACAAAUGAACGAACUUCUGGGUGCCAUUAUAGAUAUGGAAAAUUUGUUCAUGUCAAUGCAGCGUGUCGAAGAUGAGGAUACGAAAAAAGUGUAUCUGUACUUAUUUCGCCUUCUGCGUCAAUGUGUGCUAACUCGUCAGCAAGCUGUCAUUCGUGGACCAUUGGGUGAUCCACCAUUCGAGUCGCCAUGUAUUGCUAAAGCAGUUUCCUCAUUCGUCUUUUACAAGUACAAUCAUUUAAGCCAGACUGAGUUGCAGACGAUGACCGAGGUGGCAAAAACAUUUCUAAAUUUUUUAAAUCAUUACAACUUUGAACCGCCGUCUAUGCGUCGCACUGGGCUCACGCAUGAAGAUGUCUCAACGUAUAAAAUUAAUUAUACUCGUUGGUUAGUGUUUUGUCACGUACCCGCCUUCUGUAAUUCUUUGCGACAUUUCGAGACGUCGCUUGUAUUUGGACGAACUUUACUUCGUACCAUUUUUAAGUAUAUGGCAGAGCAGCUAAGAAAUAAGUGCUCUUCGGAACGAGAUCGUUUUCCAGCUGAUAAACGGUCAAUUAUAACACAAAUGCCAAAAUUCUUGGAUGCACUCAAAUCGGAACUAUUGAAAGAUGACUCGCCAAUUUGGGACCAGGGAUUUCGACCAUCCACGGCAUUUAUUAUACAACAACGUAAACGUCAGCAAGAAGCAAUUACAGGAGUUGCAGCAGGUAGUAAACGAACUGGAACUGGAGAGCCUGCACAUAAAAGAGCGAAAAAGGAAAGCAUUGAUCGGGCCAAUGGUGAUUCUCACUUUGAGGAUCUUUCUGACGAGACAGUUGUGCGUGCUAUGAAAGCUAUUUCCGAAUCAAAAGCGAUCAGUAAAGCGGAAAUCCUAUUUCCGGUAAACGUAUCCCGCGACGAGAACGUAAAAGCAGAAGAACAGCAGCGUGCCAUCGAGUUCCAUGUGGUCGGCAAUUCGCUAACAAAGCAAGUGGAUAAGCAAACAAUUUUUUGGCUUAUUGGCCUGCAAGCAGUAUUUGCAUAUCAACUGCCUGAAAUGCCGCGCGAAUACAUAAGCCAGUUGGUUUUUGACACUAAACAUAAAACACUGGCACUUAUAAAAGAGAAUCAACCAAUUGGUGGUAUUUGCUUUCGCCCCUUUCCCAGUCAGGGCUUCACCGAGAUAGUGUUUUGCGCCGUCACCAUGUCCGAGCAAGUUAAAGGCUAUGGUACACACUUGAUGAAUCACCUAAAGGAUUACAGCAUUAAACAUGGCAUUCGACAUUUGCUAACUUACGCUGACUGUGAUGCCAUCGGUUAUUUUAAGAAACAAGGAUUCUCCAAGGAUAUAAAAUUAGCGCGUCCUGUGUAUGCUGGUUUUAUUAAAGAGUAUGAUGGUGCUACACUAAUGCAUUGCGAAUUGCAUCCAAGCAUCGUGAAUACGCAAUUUAUUUCAGUGAUACGCAAGCAAAGCGAAAUUUUGAAAGAAUUAAUCGCACAGCGCCACAAUGAGGUACAGAAAGUGCGCCCUGGCUUGACAUGUUUUAAAGAGGGGCUACGCUCCAUACCCAUUGAAUCGAUACCAGGAUUGCGAGAGAUUGGUUGGAAGCCGCAAAUGCGUGCACAGCGUACUGCACGUCCACUUGAAGAAUCUACCGACCCUGAAAAAUUGGCUGCGUCGUUCUCUGCCGUUCUGCAAUCGGUGCGUCAGCAUCAAGCAGCUUGGCCAUUCCUACGCCCAGUAACCACCGCUGAAGUACCCGACUAUUAUGAUCACAUAAAAUAUCCAAUGGAUUUAAAGACGAUGGGCGAACGCCUUAAACAAAGCUACUAUGUGACACGACGCCUCUUUAUGGCUGAUAUGGCGCGCAUUUUUUCAAAUUGCCGCUUUUAUAAUUCGCCAGAAACUGAAUAUUAUCGCUGCGCUAAUUCAUUAGAACGUUAUUUUCAGACCAAGAUGCGGGAGUUGGGGCUAUGGGACAAAUGAUGUUGCGCCCUCAAUGCCGCCGUCGAUAUGCUUAGCGAGCACGAACACGAUGCCGAUGAGCAUAGUGCAAGCAAUCCGGCAGCAACAACUACAGAUAAUAUGAAUAUGCAGCAGAUGGAAACUAGUGGUAGUGGCUGCAGCGAUGGUGGCACUAAAACCAUGCUAGCUGUUAACUUGGGCGUAAUAUCCGCUUUGCCAGAAGAUAUAUUUAAAAAUUAGUUCGCUCCUAAAAAAAGCGCUCAUAUGUUGAUGUAUGUAAAAUUACCUAAAAAUAUGUAAAUAAACCGCUAAUUAGAUAACACAUCAAAUAAAUAUUUAGCCUUAAUUUUUCAAACAUAAAAAUAAAAAUAAAAAUUCUAAAUGUUAUACAUUUGCGGAAGCCAAACUCUAAUGCUUCGUUUGGAGUAAAACAAAUAAAUUAUUAAUGCAUACAUAUUUAUGUAAAUACAUACAUACAUCAUAACCAUAUUCGAAUAAAAUAGAUGUUAUAAUAAUAAAACUUUCAA